CUUUCUUCGUAGCCAUCGUGUCGAAAGGACGCUUCUGCAUCGGCGCCCGAUUUUCGUUUCGUCGACCGACUUUGCCAUUCACAAAAAUAGCCAUGAAGUGCACAGUUGGCGCCAGCCGUCUGCUAAUCCUCGCUGUCGCCCUCACAACAGUGCUGCUACUGGCGGCUCCACUUGUAGCUGAAGGUGCAGCCAGGCAGUUCUGCUCGCCCCAUGGUGGCUUGUGUUUUGGACCCCUGGAUUGCUGCUCCGGCCAGUGCGUCAACGGUGUGUGCUGCGACGAGUACCUGGGAACUUGCCCCUUCGAUUACCUAGGUGGUCCCUACUGGAAGCGCGACUCCGAUGCCAUCACCACCACGGUGACCACGCCCGAGCCGGAAGGAUCUUCAACGACCCCUACCACCGAGAGCGUCACUCAAGAAGAGGAGAAGCCUGAAGACGCCGUGACGAGGAUUCUCGGUAGACCAUGACUCGGUUUACGACAACGCAUCUGCUGCGCUGAAGUUCCAUUGCGUGUCUCGUCAGUUCCCGCUAUGCCCGUGUACAUAUAACAGAAAUGCUCAAACAAGGCUGUUUAUGCCACUGUCUAA